GCGCGAUGCACGUGCGCUCGCUGCGCGCCGCGGCGCCGCACAGCUUCGUAGCGCUCUGGGCGCCUCUGUUCCUGCUGCGCUCCGCCCUAGGCGACUUCAGCCUGGACAACGAGGUGCACUCGAGUUUCAUCCACCGGCGCCUCCGCAGCCAAGAGCGGCGGGAGAUGCAGCGCGAGAUCCUCUCCAUCUUGGGCUUGCCCCACCGCCCGCGCCCCCACCUCCAGGGCAAACACAACUCCGCGCCCAUGUUCAUGCUGGACCUGUACAAUGCCAUGGCGGUGGAGGAGGGCGGCGGGCCCGACGGCCAGGGCUUCUCCUACCCUUACAAGGCCGUCUUCAGCACCCAGGGCCCCCCACUGGCCAGCCUGCAAGACAGCCACUUCCUCACCGACGCUGACAUGGUCAUGAGCUUCGUCAACCUCGUGGAACAUGACAAAGAGUUCUUCCACCCACGCUACCACCAUCGGGAGUUCCGGUUCGAUUUAUCCAAGAUCCCGGAAGGAGAAGCUGUGACUGCAGCCGAAUUCCGAAUCUAUAAGGACUACAUCCGGGAACGCUUUGAUAAUGAGACCUUCCGGAUCAGCGUCUACCAGGUGCUUCAGGAGCACUUGGGCAGGGAGUCGGACCUCUUCCUACUCGACAGCCGCACCCUCUGGGCCUCCGAGGAGGGCUGGCUGGUAUUCGACAUCACGGCCACGAGCAACCACUGGGUGGUCAACCCUCGACACAACCUGGGCCUGCAACUUUCAGUGGAGACUCUGGAUGGGCAGAGUGUCAACCCCAAGCUGGCGGGCCUGAUCGGGCGGCACGGGCCCCAGAACAAGCAGCCCUUCAUGGUGGCCUUCUUCAAGGCCACGGAAGUACACUUCCGCAGCGUCCGGUCCACGGGGGGCAAGCAGCGCAGCCAGAACCGCUCCAAGACGCCCAAGAACCAGGAAGCGCUGAGGAUGGCCAGCGUGGCAGAAAACAGCAGCAGCGACCAGCGGCAGGCCUGCAAGAAGCACGAGCUGUACGUGAGCUUCCGCGACCUGGGCUGGCAGGACUGGAUCAUCGCGCCUGAAGGCUAUGCCGCCUACUACUGCGAAGGGGAAUGUGCCUUCCCUCUGAAUUCCUACAUGAACGCCACCAACCACGCCAUCGUGCAGACGCUGGUGCACUUCAUCAAUCCGGACACUGUGCCCAAGCCCUGCUGCGCCCCUACCCAGCUCAAUGCCAUCUCCGUCCUCUACUUCGACGACAGCUCCAAUGUCAUCCUGAAGAAAUACAGAAACAUGGUGGUCCGGGCCUGUGGCUGCCACUAGCCCCUCGUGGAAGUCCCACCCGUGGGGGCCGCACUCAUCCAGAUCCUCCCUCGCCCGCCUUGGCAAGGAACCAGCGGACCGACCGCCUUUCCGGAGGCUCCCCCUCCCUCCCCAUUUUUACAGGUCUAAGAGUCAGGAAUUUGAGCACCCAGUGGCUUUGGAUCAAUUUUUCAUCGGCGGCAUCCUAAGGACAAGGAGCUAGUUCAGGCAAAACCUAGCAGGAAGCGGUUCCAUGGGGGAAGCUCGCCCAGCCGUGGUCAUCAGCUGUACUGUCCCCGCCACGCUCUGACUUGUUCCAGAGGUGAUCAGGGCGCCCUCCGCCCGGCGACCAGCCACCAGCUAGCUGCAGGAGGAGGGGACGUGACCAGGGUGGGCGCCUGUGUGCGCUGAGGGGAAGCUGGCACAGAAUUUCUUGUAAUAAAUGUCACAAUAAAGCCAAUGAAUGAAAAUGGUUAGGAUGUUACAGGUAUAUUUUCCUAAACAAUUUAUCCCUGUUUCCUGGUUUAUCCUGACUAUAAAUGGAAGCUGUGGCCGGCAGAGGCCAGGGAAGCCCCCUCUGCUCCAUUCCGGUUUCAGUUUGAGGCUGCAGGGCCUGUGUUUACCCGGAUCCACGCAAAUCCAAGACACAGGAGGGUGGGAGGGACAGCUGUGUGCUCGGAGGAGGGGAGGUUCCAUCACCCUCAGCCAGGUGUGCGUUGGCUAAGUGAGACUUGGGCAGAUGUUGGUACUGGGGUCUCCGGCCUCCCCGUGGUAGGGAGCAAUGUGAAGGAGUGGAAUGGACAAGGACAGACAGUAGGGUGAUGCUUGCAGCUUGAGCUUGGUGUUAAACUAAUAGGCACAGAAGAAACAUAAUUGUCACUGGCCUAGAGAGAGCAGCAGCUCUCUCCAAGCAGGGUGCUUGGUGUCUCCUCUCAGACGAUGCCGGGAGCUGGGUCCUACCAGGGGCAUUGCGGCUGUCUCUUCCCUUGCUGACUGCUAGUAGAGAGCUCUGCAAACAGAUUUGCUGCUUGAACUAAGAGCCAGGGCAGCAGGAGGGCUGACGGGCACAGGGCGUGCUGGACUCAAGUCACAAACAGAAAGAUCUAGGGCAGUGAUGGUGAACCUUUCAGAGACCAAGUGGCCAGACUGCAACCCAAGACCCCCUUAAUUAUUGCAAAGUGCCAGCACUGCCAUUCAACCUGAAUACUGAGGUCUUAGUUUGGAAAAAGCAAGCCAUACACUGGGCUCCCGUGCAGACCAAAAGGGCUGUGCAUGCCCCCUGCGGCUCGUGUGCCACAGGUUCACCACCACUGACCUAGACAGUGACCUCCUAACGGAGGGUCCUGACUUAGAGCUGGUGUCUCUGCUGCAGCUCUGGGUGCCAGCGCCCCUUGCCUCUGCUCUCAGCCCAUCGGGUGUGGGCCAGCUCGCAGCUGCAAGCACAAGACUUGGGGAGGGCUGAGCUGCCUACAUCCAUUGCCUGCAUCUACCUGAAGAACACAGUUAGUUACCCAGGCCCAACCUGGGCCAGGGGAGAUGCGGUCCCACAGAAGCUGCUCUCCAUCUCUGACAAGUCAGUGCCUGGAACCGGUGGGGCUCUGCUCUUGUUCUCUUUUCUUUUUUCUUCUUCAGUAGCUUGGGCUGCAGCUCUCACUGCCUGGCUGUUGGGAGAUGAGAAUUUUUUGUCAGAAUUUGUUUUGUUGUUGGCAGAUCUGGGGCUUUCUGUGUGACUCCUGCUUGGUGGGAGCUUUUCCACUACUUGAGUGCCCCGGCCAACUUCUGCUGAGCAUCGUUUGUACAUUAAAACGUGUAAAUAGUUGUGAUGAGACGAAGAAAUUAUUUAUUUCCAUCUGAAGCUCUUUUGCAAACCCUUUCAUCCCUCAUUCAGAACAACGAGCUUGCUUUCCUCCAACCUGUUUGUUUUCUUAUUUAAGAUUAUUUAUUGACGAUUGGACCGAUGUACCCACGGCUGUCACAUAGAGCAACCUUAGUGAAAAUUCUGUAUAAAUAGACACAAUAAAAAGGGUUUUGACUUUGCAAUAAAAA